GUGUGCAGAACUAUGAAUUUGCUUUAUUUGUUUUCACUGUCUUUAUGUUAAAUGUUAAAUGUGCAUUGUAGGUUGAGACGCGUUUGUUGUGGUUUGUGUGUUGAUGUUUUGUGAAUGAUUCAUUUUCAAUAAACAAUCAAUCAAAUAAACAGAGGAGCUCCUGCAGCUCCCUCCUCUCUGGCUCUCUGAUGUCACAGUGUGGAGCCUCAACACGCCAAGAGGAGGAGCACAAGGCUGCUCAGCUUACAGUGUGCUCAAAGGUUAUUAUGGGAUGUAUGCCCAGUGGAAUGAAGAAGUGUCAGGAGCUUCUUUCUGAUUGGUUGAGAGACGUUAUCACACACUGCUGCUGAGUGUUUACAGUCUCUGCUGCUGAUUGGCUGCUGUGGUCACAUGAUUUCAGAGAAUUGUCUCAGAGACAGUGAAACUUAACAGGACAGACUGAGGUCAGAACUGCUGUGACUGCUGACACCUCAACAGCACACACCAUGGAAAUUGCUAAGGCCACUCAGGGUCUCACCACUGCAGCAGAUAUGCGAGAGACCACCAAGAUGCUGAUGCAGCCUAAUGCAAACUGGGAAGAGUACCUGACUCCUGCCCCCCUCUCCAUCGCCAUCAUGGGGGAGCUCGUCUUCAUCUCCUCAUCUGAUGACUUCUCCAUCAACAAGAACCCCCCAGAGAAGGGCUACAAGUACAUACAAUACCCAGACUCGUUCAGGGCCUGCCUCAUGCAAAUCUGUAACUCAGGCUGGCAUGCAUUCAAUGAGGCCCACAAGAAUAUGGAUCAGAUCCGCCUUCACACAGCCACAGUUCCUGAUUACAUGAAGGCAGCAGUCAAGCUCCUUUUCAAUGCACCUGAUGAAGUUAUUGAGAAGCUCCUGCCAAAUCAGCUGGAAAACAUUCGCACCAUUGCAGAUGAGUGUGUGACACUGGCAGACAGUGUUGAAAAGAAGUACACAGAUGUCAUCAACUUAAUCCAGGAACUGCUGGAGGCCUGUGUCAAUGCUGAACACUUUUAUGGAGAAGAGCUGGAGAAGGUGAAGAUGAAGAUUAAGGAAAAUGAAAUACGGGAGAAGACCGCCAAUGAGCUUAAAGAACAGUCCAAGAAAGCAAUGGAGGCCAUGGAAAAGGAAAUGAAUGAAGCACAAGAUAGCUACAAGAAAGCAAUGGACUCUCUUCCCUCUGGAUGGGAAAUGAUUGGAAUGGAUGUGGUCGAAGGACUUUCAAAGGCAGUGACAGGAUUGGUUAAUGGAGUCGUUAACCUGAUAAGUUUCCCAGGAAGAACAAUCAGUAGUUUAGCAGAAGUAGUCUCAGACACAAUCCAUCAAAGCAAAUCGCAAAAUGAAAACGUAGAUGUGCUCUCAGUCGGCUGUAAGUCUGAAGAGAUUCUUUCCAUUGUAGGAACUCUUACACAGUAUUUGAAGGAAGGGAAAAUAGCCUGGCAGGACCUGUAUGAUCAGAAAGCACAAUCCACAAAGACAAACUGGUCUCAAGCUCAAUUCAAAAGAAUCUCCGAGUCCUUAAUGCAGAUGGAAGAGAGCAAACUUCAGGAGGAUGCUCUGAACCUUUGUGAGCUGGGUGUUAACAGCUGUGAAGAACUGGCCACAUAUAAACCUGGUGAAAAUUGGGAUGACAAGAAAGAAGCAGAGCUCAUCAAGAAACUGAAGAAACUGGAUGAAGAAUCCCUCAUCUUUGACACCAAAAGCAAAAAAGUAUUGGGCUCUCCAGCUCUUUCUCCUACAUCACCAAUGAUGAGCAAAGCACAGAGCGACACAGGAGGUCAGUCUGCCAGUCAGAGAGCAGCAGAUAACGCUCGUUUCAAAAUUGAGCAGAGCCGAGAACAACUCAAGGUAACACGGGAGGCCUAUGAGAAGUCUGUGGAGAGAAUGGAGCAGAAUCAGAAGGAGCUGACUGAGAUCUUGGUUGAAAUGCAGAGCUGUAAGAUCAAGGAGAUUGACUUUGACACCACCAUCAAGAUGCUGGUCAAGGGUCUCGAUGCCAUGGGCAGAGUCAAAGAGCAGUGGGAGAAGAUGGUGCGCUUCUUCCAGAUGAUCUCCAACAUCGUCAAAUGCACCCUCAACAAGACACUGAAAGAUUUCGUCUCAACAGCUGAUGAUACAAAGAAACUCAGUUACAACAAUAAACUAUUUGUCAAAGACAUGCUGUACAACCAGGCGUUCCAAGCCUCCAAUGUUGCCAGUCUGGUCCACAUGAUCUCAGGGACCUACACUGAAGUGUCCAACAAGUACCUGAUGGACAGAGUGAGCAGCCUGGGCAAGCUCAUGGCCAUGGAUAAGGAGAAGCCAGAAUUCCUUCAAGAGCGUUGGAAGCUGCAACAGUCCUGCACAGCAGCUCAGGAGGGCAUCCUUAUGCUGGUCCUCAAGAACAAGAAGGAGUUUGAGAGGAAGACAGAUGACAGGAUGGCAGAAAUAGAGAAUGGUCUGAAAGCAAUUCUGCCAGCUGCCCCACCCCAGGAGACUGAGAGGAUCAAAGAAAUAGUUCAAGCUGGGUUUGGUGGAGGAGAAGAGGAUUACUACUAGAACAAAGUUUCUACCAGUUAUGAAACUGUCACCUAAUUCUGAUCGUCAUCUAUUUCUUUCAUUACUUUUAUUGAUCAAUCAAACAAAUCUUCAAUGAUGUUUUAGACUGUUAUCUUGUCCUGAUGUUUGACUCAUGUUUAGAGGGGAAACUAGUGAUUACUGUCUGCUUGUGGUAUUCUGCAACUCUGUGCUUCACUGGAAAUCUGAUUGGUCUGUCUUUUUCCAUUAUUGAUCAUUGAUCAAUCAUCCUUACAGAUUUUAAUAUUCACAUUGACAAUCCUACAGACAUCUCUUCUAAAGAGUGUAGUGUAACGAGCUUUAACUGCAAAGAGGGAUUGAAGUAAUAAAUCAGUAGAUAUACACUGGCAUAAGGUGAUUAAGUUUGAAAUGCCUGUUGAGGUUAAGACUGCAGUUAUCAAACCCCUCCUAAAAAAAGAAACCUUGAUCCCUCUGUGCUCAACAACUACAGGCCCAUCUCAAACCUCCCCUCUAUAGGCAAAGUUAUUGAGAAAGUUGUAUUCAACCAAGUCAAUAACUAUUUAAAUACAAAUAGCAUCUAUGACCAACUCCAAUCAGGCUUUCGCCAUCACCACAGUACUGAGACUGCACUUGUAAAGGUGUUAAAUGACAUCCGCCUGAAUACAGGCUCAGGUAAAACAACUGUCCUGGUAAUGUUAGACCGUAGUGCAGCUUUCGAUACGGUUGAUCAUGUAAUACUUCUCAACCAACUAGAAAGCUGUGUUGGGCUUUCUGAUACCGUCCUUAGAUGGUUUAAGUCUUAUUUAGAACACAGAGAGUAUUUUGUUUCUAUUGGUACCUAUGUAUCUGAGAAACACACUAUGCCAUAUGGGGUACCACAGGGAUCCAUUCAUGGGCCAAUUUUAUGUAACUUGUGCAUGCCCCCUCUUGAUGAAAUAUUUCAAGAGUACAAGGUGGCAUAUCAUAGCUAUGCAGAUGACACACAGGUUUAACUUGCACUGUCACCACACGAUUUAAGUCCUAUUGACUCUUCAUGUCUUUGCCUUGAAAAAGUAAAUACCUGGAUGCAGAAGAUUUUUUUUAAACUUAAUCAGAGCAAGACUGAGAUUAUUUUAUUUUAGGAACAAAGAGGAUAGAACACAUAUAGGUGCCUACUUAGAAUCUAGAGCACUUACACCUAGGGCUGAAGUAAAAAACUUGGGUCAUCUUGGAUGGGGACCUGACUAUGAAUGAUCACAUCAAGAGCAUUAACUAAAUCAGCAUUCUGGCAUCUCAGAAACAGCUAAGAUCAGAGACUUUGUUGAAAAGCUUAUUCAUGCUGUCAUAUCCUGUAGGGUAGAUUAUUGUAAUGGUCUCCUAACUGGCCUCCCCAAGAAGCCCAUUAGACAGAUUCAUUUAAUUCAACACGCUGCUGCUAGACUAUUAACCAAGACUAAAAGAGAGAUCACAUUACACCCAUUCUUAAAUCUUUACUCCCAGUUAAUUUCAGAAUUGAUUUCAAGGUUCAACUCCUAAUAUAUAAGUCACUAAAUGGACGUGGCCUCAAAUAUUUUUCUGAAAUUUUUCCACAAUAUACACCUGGUAGAGAGUUUAGAUCUGCUGGAACUGGUCAAUUGAUAGGCCCCAGAGUUAAAACUAAGCAGGGAGAAAUGGCAUUUAGCUAUUAUGCCACACAGCGCUGGAAUCAGCUUCCAAUAGAUAUUCAAUCUGGAAGUCCAAAGGUAAAAAAAAACAGAAGUGCAGGGGCCUCGGCGAUCGCUCACGCCCUUCACUUCCGGCGGUGCCCCCAGGGAAUCGCUGUGUUGUUUACAAAUACUUUGGGUAGAAAACCAGCAGAGUUUAGCUAUAUGUCACAUUUUUCACGUCACUAUAUCACCGUGUAGACUAAUCUGAUGUUUGUUAAGUCUAUAAACACAAUGACUGAACAGACGUUACUAUUUCUGUGUGCAUGUAAUUAAUAUGGUUAUUGUAGAUUAGCUGGGCUAAACAUUAGCUGUUAACAUUAGCUGUUAGCAUUGUCUGUAACCAUAGACUGUAUAAAAAUAAGGUAAUAACUCAAUAAACGGUCCGUGAAAAAAAAUAUCUUUUCCAGCGGAUGUCUUAGUUACAACAUGAUUGAGCUAGCAAAGCAGUUUUGUGUUGCUAUGUGUGGUAUUUAUUCAGUUUUGGGAAAUCACAAUGUCUAGAAAGCAUCAGCUGACAGGGACAGCUAGCAAAGCUAACAUCAGGACGUCAUUUGUUAAAAGCCUCCUGUUGUUGAAUACGACAUGAAACUACUCCAGUUAGCUCAGUCAUGUUGUAACUAAGACAUCCGCUGGAAAAAAAAAAUUUUCACGUUGACGAGACGGCGUUUUGGGUGGAGCGGUCGCUAUGGACACGGAACUUGCUGUUUCUGUAGGUACACAUUUCACCUGCACAUCUCGGCCACACCCCCUCCAUUGUGACUGGCUAAAGCGCAGCAUUGUUCAGACUCAAAGCCCCGCCCUCUAGUCAUCUUUCACACAGGGCUGCCGACAGAUUCUACAAUGUAGAUUGCAGAAUCUGUCUUGAGAGAUUAAUGGAUAUUAGAUUUGCCCCAACAGUAGAGUGUUUUUUAAAAAGAAACUCAAACUUAAACUUUUUCAUUUUGCAUUUAUUGAUGAAUGAAUUUACUUUAGACGGGUUAUGUUAGUUAUAAAAUGACUGUGACAUAGUUUUAGGUUUAUUUUUUAUCUUUAUCUUUAUUUUUGAUUUAUUGUUUUUACCUCCUAUUCAUUCAGUCUUAUUUUCCCCCUCAGUCUAUUAUAGCCUAUUAUUUUAUUAAUUAUUAAUUAUUAUUAUUAUUAUUAUUAUUAUUGCUGUUAGGCUGUUCUUUUUAUUAUUCUUUUUCAUUUUUCUUUUAUUUUUAAGCACACUGAGUGACAUUCUAUGUAUGAUAAUGUGCCAUAUAAAUAACUUGAACUUAUUAAUCAACAUUUAUUUUUUUUAGAUUGUUAUCUUGUCCUGAUGUUUGACUAGUAUAAGUAGUAGUAGAAGUAUAGAGGGUAACUAUAAUAAUAACUGUGUGGUUAUGGUAUCCUGCAACUUACACAGUAAACAUGUAAGGGAAAAAUAAUUACGAGUUUAAAUUAUAUAAUUUGGAUGUAUUUCACAAAACUUAGAGGGUAAGUCUUGGACAUUUUUGUAAAAUGUCAAGUUGGUGCAAUGGAAUGUCACUUGUGUUAAAUUUGAAGUAUUGCACACAACUGAAAGACAUUCAAAACACUUUUAAUUGAAUUAACAUCAUAGUGUAGAUUGAUCACAGGUGUGACAUUUCCCAUAUGGCAGGGAAUCUGCAGUCGUGGUCUCGUGUCCCGCUUCUGACAUUAUACCUUUGGCUAAUUUUCACUCUCUGUCCUGAUGAACCACACCUCACAUUUUCCAAUAUUUACCCAGUAUUUUGCAUUAAAUGAAUCCAAAUUAUAUAAUGUACAUUCAUAAUUAUUAUUUCCUUACACAUUUUUUACUGUGUAAGUAUGAGGCUCUUUUCAGGUGUAAUCUAAAGAGUCAGCGAUAAUUGUUAUGGUGUUGACGGUAGAUAGUCUAAACAGCGACCUGCAGCAACUUUACCAUAUUUACAAAAGUGAGUUACAAAAUCACUAAUGCAAGUUCUGCUCAUAUAUGUAUUAUUUCAUUAAUUUUUGAAGCCCAAGUACAAUGUGAUGCCAUUUAUAGAGAUAUGCAAUCCAUCA